GACUACUGCUUGCUUGCUAGCUAGUUGUAACUGAGCCAGCGAGCGAGCAGCUUCCAUUCGUAGCAGCUUGUCUCUGGAGCUGUACAUGCAUGUGUGCUUGUAAAUGCAAUGGAGUAGGAGUAUUAAAUUGACCUGCGCGGGUUGCAUGCUGCUUCCUUUCCCUUCCCUUUCUUUUGUUCCUCAUUUGCUCCUUCCCUUCCCUGAUGUCGCAGCUCUGCGCGCGCGCACGCACGCACCAUUCAAUGCGUGCCACUGUGCCCUCGUAGGAGCGGGAGUAGACAGCUACUGUCUCUUUUAAUCAUGGCGUUGCCGUUCUUGCUGCUGUUGCUGAUGUGCCUUUCUUGCUCUGCUGUUGGUUCUUCGUGCACUGGCGAUGGCAUGGCGACGGUGGGGGUAAUGGAACAGUGGGCGGACCAGCAUUCGGCCAGCACCAGCGCCGCGGACCAGAUGCCCUUCUUAGCGCUGCUCCAGGGAGCGGGCGUCAUGGUGGAGGAGGAGCAGGAAGAGCGCAAGAGACACGCCUUUGCGUGCGUCGCCGCCGACCUCGACCUGCUCGAGAGCUGCGUCACGCAGGCGGCGGCAGUCCCUGUGGAGGCUGCGCCGGUGACCAAGGUGGAGAGGCGGAGGAAACGACCGAGGCCGAGACAGCGCCCUGCGCCGACGCCGGAGAAGCGCAAGAAGCCGGAGGGGGCCGAGAGCCAGCGGAUGACGCACAUUGCAGUGGAGCGCAACCGGCGCCGCCUCAUGAACGACCACCUCGCCUCCCUCCGAUCCCUCAUCCCCUCCAGCUACAUUCCCCGCGGUGACCAGGCGACGGUGGUGGGGGGAGCGAUCGACUACGUGAAGCAGCUCGAGCAGCAGCUGGUGGCACUGCAGGCCGCCACGGCCGCGCGUCGCGGGGCCGGCGUGGUGGCUACGGCUGCCUCGGCCGCAUUGGACGGCGUGUUCGUGUCGCCGCAGUACACGAGCUACUCGGAGGCGCGCGGCUGCGGCGGCGUGGACGUGGAGGCGAUGGCCGCGGUGGGCGGCCACGUGCGCGUACGCGUCGCGGGGAGGCGGUGGCCCGGGCAGAUUGUGCGCGCCAUUGCCGCCAUGGAGGACCUCCGGCUCGCGGUCUUGCACCUCGCCAUCACUUCCGUCGGACAUGACACCGUCGUGUACUGCUUCAACCUUAAGAUGGAGGACGGGUGCGAGGUGGCGACGGCUGACGAGGUGGCGACGGUGGUGCACCAGAUCUUCGCCUACGCCGGCACAUGCUGCUGAGGGCUGGAGGUUGCACGGAGCGGAGACGAUGGGUCAAAAUCGCAGAGGUGGGCAUGUACACGACGGACAGAGGACGGCCGGUAGAGACAGUGAGCCAGGUGGGCCCAUGGGCAACGGCUGCAGUGGUCCAGGCAGGGCAGCCUCACUGUAACUUGUCUGUUUUCUGCCACAACUGGCCAGGGGAAGGGUCACACUGUAGCAGGGUCAGGGCUAACGCAGGAAAGCCUUCUAGUUUUUUUUUUUUUUGCUUGGAGAGGUUGCAGUGAGCAGUGAUGCUCUGGGAGAUGAUGAGAUGACCCAUCCGUGUACGCCGUGUAAAUACAAAUAUUUGUAAUCCUGCUGGAUUCCGUGCUUGCAAUGCAACUUUCUGGCUGCAUUUCUCUGCCCAACGCC